CUCCGUCAUAUCCUUACAAAAAACGCACAUUUCGCUUUUACUCCCUCUUCUUUCUCCUACACUUCUCCAUCGCUUUCUUCUUCAGCAUGGGGUCUAAGGCCUCUUCACCUUUCCCAAUCUCAUUCCAAAUUUCUAUGAGAUAAGCAUGCAAGGCCUUUUCCCUUUAUAUACGCGAUUAUACAUAUGUCUUUAGCCGUGCCGAGCAGCUUCCAUAUGUCCUAGUUCAUUAUUUCCUCUUCUAAUUGUGCCUACUCUUGAGAGGCACCCUUCAGAUCCCCCCCACCUGCCUCCCCUCUGGUGCUCGAGGUGGAUGAAUCAUUAAUAUCACCAGAGAGCCAGCGCUGGGUAGAUAGAGAGGGGAGAGAGAGAGAGAGAGAGAGUCUUGGAUCUAGGGCAGAAAGUGCAAUGACAGGGGUUUCCUCGGGAUCUGAACACGAGAAGCACAGAAGCAGCAAGAUCAGUAAUGAUCAGCUUUGAAGAGUGGUGGUUGCAGUUUGCAGGUGACUAAAGAGCAACAAGAGAGCAAACCAACAAAGAAGACCCACAAAACCGAAGAGAAGAUAGUACAAAGAAGCUGCUUCAAGUUGGGAUCUUUUGUUUCUUUUCUUUUCUUCCCUGUCUCUCUCUUUCUUUCUCUCUCUCUCUCUCUCUCUCUCUCUCUCUCUCUCUCUCUCUGGCAGAGACAAGAUCAGAAGAAGGCCAAGGAGGAUCUGAAUCUUCCAGACACACAGAGCUUAUCCACCAAAAUUAAUAACCCUAGAGAGAACCACAGGCAUAACACCAAAAGCAGGCAAGGCCCUAUAAAUCCCAUUAAGGCCGUCUCAUUCAUUCAGAAGGAGAAGAAUCAGCCAAAAAAGAAGGAGGUGUAUUCUUUUCUCAAGACCCCUCUUUUAUCUUAAAUUAUGCAAAAAGCUCCAAAACUGUGAAAUGGGAAUGAAGAGCACAGAAGGAGAGAUUGUCCAGGUCCAGGGAGGCCACAUAGUUCGGUCGACCGGCCGAAAGGACCGCCACAGCAAGGUUUACACCGCGAAAGGCCCCCGGGACCGCCGUGUCCGGUUGUCAGCUCACACCGCCAUUCAAUUUUAUGAUGUCCAAGACCGGCUUGGCUAUGACCGGCCCAGCAAGGCCGUCGACUGGCUCAUCAAGAAGGCAAAGGCGGCCAUCGACAAGCUCGCCGAGCUGCCGCCUUGGCAGCCGAACUCAAGCUCUGUUCCUUCCACCUCCACUGCCCCAGACAGCGCAGCACACAAUGGGAAUUCGGCCGAGAUGGCGGUUGCGGAGGAAUCGGAGUCUCCCAAGUACAAUUUUCAGCUCCAUAGGCAAAUCAGUGCCAAUUCAAGAAACGCAACAAGCCAAUUCUUGCCACCGCAGCUGGAGAACGAUCAGUCCAUGUUGGAGACGAUGAAGUCGUUCUUCCCGACGAGCUCGGCCGCAUCAUCCAUCAAUUUCAGCAGCUACCCAUCCGAGAUUAUGUCGAGGAGCACCCAGCAGAACCAAGACCUUGGCCUUUCCCUACACUCUCUUCAGUCUCAAUCUGCUCUAAUUCACCAAAGCGAUCCACAAGAGAAUGAAAUGAGCCAAACCCUUUUCUCGACUUCGGCACCAAUGGUGUACGAACCUGGGUUUCAGAGAAUGAUGGGUUGGGGCACCGACCCAUCUGGCACGGACAACCGGAGUGGCGGCAGGUUUCUGUUCAACUCGCCAACGCCGUUGACGCUGCCUUUGCCGCUGCUGAGUCAAGGCUCAGCGGCGUUUCCACAAAGGGGAACCCUUCAGUCCAGUUUCGCACCGACUUUUCGCUCUCUCGACGAGUUUUCUGUGGACUCGGCUGACCAUCACAAGUCGCAGGUCAUCCAUCACCCGUCUUCGCUCUUUGGCAACAGGUUCGUCUCCGAUGGACUGCCUGGCUUUUGCAUUUCUCCACAAAUUCAGAACAACGGGGCACCGCACGAUGUUGUUUCCGCGAGGCCAUCAUCUUCUGCUUCUCUGAGUAAUGGCCGUUGAUUAAAGAGAGGAAGUCCUCAUCUUUAUCACUACUGAGGAAUUUGGCGACGGGAGCUGUGGAACCAAUCCACAUGUUGACGAAACAAGAGAGGAGAUUCUUGUCGCGUCAAUUUGUGCUCCUUUUGGAGAAGAUCAUAUCAGGCUUGUUUCAAUCGUCUAGAGGGCCUUUCUUUAAAUCAAUUCCCCAGUUAUACCAUAAUAUAUUAAUUUUGUUGUGAACAGUUGAGUAGGUUUUCUUGCAUCAGCUUGAUUUGUCUUCUGGAAUGUGUUUUGAUCUGCAUGCUGAGCUCACCUAGAAAGAGCUCAAAAACUUUUGAAUGGCAAUUACACUUGCACAGAUUCUUGUUGAGCGA